AUGAAGCUCCUCACAGGCUACCUUCUCCUCCAAACUGCCGGCCUAGCCACGGCUCUGCCCCCCAAGCUCGAGGACUUCAAGCAAAAAGCAAUCGACUCCGGCGUCGCCCUCAAAGCCCUCAAUGGCAUCGCCCUCGCCAAAGCCCUCACCAAAUUCAGCGGCACAUGCACGCCCUCCAAAGUGAAAUACCGCCGCGAAUGGCGCACCAUCUCCAAGCCCGACCGCAGAAAAUUCAUCGCCGCGGUCAAGUGCAUCAUGGCCAAACCCAGCACGCUCCCUCCGGAGGAAGUCCCCGGCGCCAAGUCAUUAUACGAUGACAUCGUCUGGGCCCAUGCGCGAAGAAGCGGUCUCGUUCACAACAGCGGAACCUUCCUCCUCUUCCACCGCUACUACCUCCACACCUACGAAACGGAACUCUCCGCCUGCGGCUGGACCGCAGGGCUCCCCUACUGGGAAUGGGGCCUCGACAUAACCGGGCCCCAUCUCUCCCCCAUCUUUGACGGUUCCGACACAUCGUUAGGUGGUGACGGCGAGUUCAUCCCUAACCGCCCCCCUUUUUCAAUCCCUUGGAUCGACCCCCUCACACCGGAAAUCAUCAUCCCACCCGGGACGGGAGGUGGAUGCGUCAAGACAGGUCCGUUUGUCCAUCAUAAAGUCAGACUUGGGCCGUUCAACAUGACAGAGACGUUCCCUGUCGAGCCGGAGGAUGGGAGGGGGGAUAAUGAGAGGUGUUUGAUUAGGGAUUUGAACAAGGGGGGGAUUGAGAGGUGGGCGAGUUUUAGGAAUAGUACUGAGUUGAUUUUGGGGAGUGGAGAUAUCUUUGAGUUUCACGUCAAUGCUGUGAGUGCUUCUGACUGGAUUGAAAGGAAGGGGAUCCGAGAUGGUUGGAUAGGGUUUAUUGGAUUUGGCAGAUGUUGGAUUUGGAGAGUCGGAGACGUCUUUGGGACUGGCACGUGGCUCAACAUCCCGCCUAGUCCUAAUGUUACUGUGGAAGACAGCAUCGAUGUGUUGCCUCAUCAGCCGCCGAGGAAGUUGAAGGAGUUGAUGAGUACGGUUGCGGGAAGCCCGUUCUGUUUUGUCUAUGUGUAA